AUGACAAUGGCCAUGACAAUACCCUCCAGCCAAGGCCAGGCUGGAGCGGACUUAAAGCAUCCCCCCCAUCUGCCCCCAAAGGAGUCUCUGUCCGCGGGCUGCCGGCAGUCUCGACAGUCACAUCGCGACAUGCUCGGGGCAGGGGGACCCGGCCCGGCCAUGAGCAGCCACCUAGGCACGCCGCCGUACGUGCUGUACCCCGGCGCGGCCAGGUAUGGGGACUAUUACUGGCUCUCCGCAGGAAGCAUGGACAGCGCGCCCACCGAGGAGGCUCCGGCGCCGGACGCGCUCCCGCUGCCCGCGGCCAAGACGCCCAGUCCCUCAGUUGACUCCCCAGCUUCCUCCAGCUCUGGGACACUCACCCAGUACCACACCCCCGACUCCGCCACCAGCCCCACCGCAGCAGGGACCCCGUCUCCCCACUCCUCUCUGCAGAAGGUCAAGGCGCAAGGCAAGGGUGUGGUGAAGACGGGCAAGAGCCGCACAGCGUUCUCGCAGGAGCAGCUGAAAGCCUUACACCAGCGCUUCCAGAGCCAGAAGUACCUCAGCCCCCAGCAGAUCCGGGAGCUGGCUGCUGCCCUUCAGCUCACCUACAAGCAGGUGAAGACAUGGUUUCAGAAUCAACGGAUGAAAUUUAAGCGUUGCCAAAAGGAGAGCCAGUGGAUGGAUAAAGGGAUGUAUUUACCACAGAAUGGGGUUCAUCAGGCUGCAUACCUGGAUAUGGCGCCCACGUUCCACCAGGUCUUCCCUGGGGGCUCGGGCAGGAACUUUCAGGCUGUGUCCAACACUCAGACUUACGGGAAUGGGCAGAACCUGUACUCCUUCUCGUCUGUGGAGGAAGAAGGGCUCUUUGGAAAAGCUGGGACAAGCUGCAAUACCCAGCAAACCAUGGGUUUAUUAAGCCAGCAAAUGAACUUCUAUCACAACUACUUUGACAAUAUAGAUUAUGUCAGCGUGGAGGCAGAUGACACCUUCAACUUCCAGAGCACCUCUGACACUGUCACACCAUUUUCGAGCUCUCCUAUACAGAAUCAAUGCCAGUUACCUUGGCACCCCAUGGGGACCCAGAGUGGGUAUGAGUCUCAGGUCUGA